AUGGUUACUGCAUCAGAAAAAGCAGAAACCGGUAAUAGGAAUCAGAGGCAAAUGAAUGGUAAAGGAUGGACAGCACCAGAGACUGGAAGAGUGAAGUGCAAUAUUGGAAUCUCAUGGUCUAAAGCGACGUGUAUGGCUGGUUUGGGUUGGAUUGUAAGGAAUAGUGAAGGUCAAACUCUGCUCCAUAGCAGAAGAGCUUUUAAUGGUGUGUCGUCGCUUUUGGAGGCUAGACGUUUGGGUUUAAUCUGGGCAGCUGAGAGUAUGAAUUCUCAUAAACUUCAGAAAGUGAGUUUUGAGUUGGAGGAUUAUGAGCUGGUGGGCUCUGUGAAUAGACCUAAGGCAUGGCCAGCGUUUCGGGCGUACGGUCAGGAGCUAAGGGGUGUCUUGAAUAAUGUUACAGAUUGGAUGGUAAGCUCAGUAAAGAGAGUGGCUAACAAAGCUGCUUUUAUGAUUGCUCGGAGUGUGACAAAGGAAAGGAGAUAUCAAUCAUAUGUAGCUCAAGGUAGUCCAUCUUGGUUGAGGAGCUUGCUUGCGGAGGAAGAUACGAGGUCAACAAGAGUAUAA